AUGCCUAAGCUCGAACAAUACGUGUACACGGGCGCCGUGGACAACACCGUCCUCCCGGACAAGAGUCAGCUCAAAGGGAAGAGUGUGAUUGUAACCGGAGGCGCGAAUGGAAUCGGCGAGGCGCUUGUCCGCUCACUGGUAGCUUCCGAAGCAUUUGUCACCAUUCACGUCGUUGCCAUUGAUUUCCUAAGCGCUAUGUAA